CAGUAAUUCUCUUUCCUUGGAAAACCCCAUUUGCUAUUGUGCUCGUCCAAUCGCUGGAUGCCCUCGGCUCAUUAAUCGUUUGACUUCACUGUACUGCUGUCUCCGUCGCUCUGUCUCCUUCUCCUCCCGCUGGCACCGAGGAGAUUCCCCCUCCAGUCUACGGCCAUGACUCCUUGUCAGACCGCAGCGCAAAAGGAGCGACGCUUGAAAUGACUGCUUCGAUUUUUCAUCACCUUAACGCACGAUCGAAAGAGAAUCCGCUGGCUUUUUUGCGUCAUACCGCCGUGACAUCGGGGAAAACAUGCAGGAGAAGCUGACGGACAACGCGAGUCCCACUUCAUCGCGGGCGUCGUCGUCGUUUUUUAUCGAGAAUCUUUUGGGGAAGGGGAGGAAAGGACAGGAGUCGGCACCGGACAGCGGUCGAGGGGAUGCUGGCGUGGAAACAAGCUCCACGGAACGAAACGUAGACGCGCAUCAAGCCGAGACAAGCGCUACAACGCCCGGAGACUCCAGCUCCACAGUCCGGUCUGCGCACAGAGAGUCGCCGUUGCAGUGGUACAGCGGGGGGACCUUGAACUUCAGAGCUUUGGAAACUGCACACAGUCCAAGGGAAAAUACCAGUUCAGAGGACCCCUGCUGCUCAGUGUCAACUAGUGACAGAGGUUCACCUGCCGUGUCCGAGCCAAUAACUGAGGGCAGCGACGAAACCGACAGGAAAGCGGGCGACAGCCACCUGACGGAUGACAACGAGGACGCGCAGAAUGUCUUUGACACACGGUCAGAGCAAGACGCAUCAUCUGACCUGACCUCCACUCGAAAGAAGAAGACCCGUACCGUGUUCAGUCGCAGUCAGGUCUUUCAGCUGGAGUCCACUUUUGACGUGAAACGGUAUCUGAGCAGCUCGGAGAGAGCAGGAUUGGCAGCAUCGCUCCACCUGACAGAGACUCAGGUCAAAAUCUGGUUCCAGAACCGGAGGAAUAAAUGGAAGAGACAGCUGGCGGCCGAUCUGGAGGCUGCACAUAUCCCAAACUCGACCCAGCGGAUUGUCAGGGUCCCCAUCCUGUAUCACGAGGGACCUACGCCCACUGCAGCGCUGGGUUUCAGCUUAAACGGACAUCCAGUUUCUCCACCCAUAGCGGGCUUCUCCAGCUCCAUCAACUACCCUCUGUCAUCGUUUGCUCACUCCAUGAGCAUGCUCAGAUCGCAGAUGACCGGCUUGGUGUAAAGACUGUUAAAGACUGAUAUAUGAAACUGUUUACAGAAAUUCACUACGUUAAUGUUAAUCGUGCAAUAACCCACAAUGCCGCAGAAAAAAAGUUGAUUGCAUCCAAAGAUAGAGCCGCAGAGUCCAUGAUUAUACCACAAAGCGAUGAAGUAUCUUUCUUGACAGUAUAAACUGUAACAGUCGAGCAUGGCAAGGCCGAGGAGGGCAGCGGACUCCGCAGCUGUUGAUGUAUGUUUAAAUACACACAUAUUUUUUGCAAACUUUUAUAUUUAAAGUCACAGUUUCUUUUUCCAACUUUAUCACUUUUUUCCACAUAAUAAAAAUAAAAAUCAAGCACAAACUA